AUGCUAGUUGUGAACGAAACUUAUGUCGACGAUUGGAUAAAUGAACUUCAUUUCCUGAGUGAAGAAAUUCGAGUUCGAAAAUUCAUAUUGAUACUGACAACAAGCCCCGAAAAUUUACAUCCUGUUUUUGAGUUCUUUGCAGAAGAGAAAUUCACAAGGAUUUUCGGAUCAACAGGGGCUAAAUUGUAUGCCUUUUAUCCCUAUGCACCUAAUUCAAUUCAAGAAGUUCUUCCUGCACAACCAGUUCCACAUGCACUUAGAAAUUUAAAUGGUUUAAAAUUUCGAAGUGCAUUCAACCAGGAUAUCCCAAAAGUUUACAGAUAUUUCGACGAAUAUGGCCAAGAGAAAAUUGGAGGCUAUAUAGCAAGACUAUUCAAAAACUUUUUGCAACGUCACAACGCCACUGUGACCCAGGUAAAAAUCAAAGAUUUAAAAACCAAUCACAUAAAUACAAUCGUUCAAGCAACGCUAAGCAACGAAAUCGAUAUAAGCUUGAACACCUACAGCCCGGUCAGGAGACUUGAAAGUAGUUAUCCUUUUUAUCUGCUGAACUGGGUGAUUUUGGUACCAGCGAACAGGCGUCUAGACUCGAAUGAGUAUUUUUUGAGACCAUUUUCGCCAACAGUUUGGUUGUGCUUCGCUUUGACCUUCAUCUAUUUGAUUUCUGUAAAUGUCCUGAGGAAUAUUUUCAGUGGCAGACCUGCCAACAUUUGGCAGUGCUUUAGCGAACUAUAUCUGACCAUGCUGAAUAUGCCCACAGAGAGACCCAUAAACCGUGGAUAUCUAAUUCAAAUCCAGAUUGAAAUAUUUGCAUUUAUACUGAUUAAUGUUUAUUUGGUUUAUUUGACAUCGUUUUUGACAAUUUUUAUAAAAAUCCAUCAAUAUCGAACUAUUGGGGAACUGAUUGAAAAUAAUUUUCCUGUUUUGUUAAUUUUUUACGAGUGGCAUACAAUCUCAACUUCGGAUAAACAUCCAACUAAUUUUGAAAAAAUCGUAAGACUUGUUGACUAUCAGACUUUCAUAAAUGAAGCUUAUUCAUCAACGAAUAACAGUCAUGGUUUGGCUAUAGGAUCAGAUGUAGCAUCAUUUCUAAUGGAAUAUCAAAAAACUAAGCGUGUUGUUGAAGGAAGCCUAGAAUGUUACCAUUUGGGCUUUCUAUUGCUUAGGAAUUCACCGUUUUUGGAAAUCCUGAAUAUUUUUAUUAUUGAUGUUAUGCAAACGGGCUUGAUAGACAAAUGGCAAUAUGAUGUUCGAGCUGAAGUAACGAAGCUUCGUUUGAUUAAUAAGACCAGAGUGGGAAUGGAUGGAGAUAAACUACUUCCAUUGACAUUGUAUCAUUUGAAAUUUGCUUGGAUAUGUUUGAGUUGUGGCUUAAUUUUAGCUGCGCUGGUUUUUGCUUGUGAACAUUUGAUAACGACAGUUUUACUAAAAUUUCGAUAUAUUCAAUAA